UACUCCCACUGACUUCCUAAACUAAACCAAAAGAAAGACCAAAGUUCUGAGCUCCCUUUUUUCAGAAGAAAAUGAACCAAGAAAUGAAUGGGGUGGAUGCGGAGGCGACGGCGGCGGAGAGGGCGGAGAGAGAGAGGGUGAGGAGGGAGAUUAGUGUUAUGACUGGACAUGAAAAGAUAGAUUAUGUGUUCAAGGUGGUGGUGAUUGGAGACUCGGCAGUUGGGAAGACUCAGAUUCUGUCGAGGUUUACAAAGAACGAGUUCUGCCUUGACUCCAAGUCCACAAUUGGGGUUGAGUUCCAGACCAGGACUCUCACCAUUCAAGGAAAACUCAUCAAGGCUCAGAUCUGGGAUACUGCUGGCCAAGAAAGGUAUAGGGCAGUUACAAGUGCAUACUACAGAGGUGCAUUAGGGGCAAUGCUAGUGUACGACAUCACCAAGAGGCAGACCUUCGAUCAUGUAGCUAGAUGGGUUGAGGAGCUCCGGGCCCAUGCUGACAGUUCGAUCGUGAUCAUGCUGAUCGGGAACAAGGCUGAUCUCGGGGACCAGAGGGCCGUGCCGACGGAAGAUGCAGUUGAGUUUGCUGAGGAGCAGGGGCUGUUCUUCUCAGAGACAUCAGCUUUCAGUGGUGACAAUGUGGACUCUGCAUUCUUUAGGGUUCUUGAGGAAAUAUAUGGUGUGGUGUCUAAGAAGGCAUUGGAAUGUGGCAAUGAGAUAAAAUCCAAUGGGGUUGAUCUUAAAGGGGCAAAAAUUGAUGUUAUUUCUGGUUCGGAAUUGGAAAUUAGUGAGAUGAAGAAAUUGUCUGCUUGCUCUUGUUAAAUUCCAAUUGUAAGAAGCAAAUGCAGAGGUCUCGUUAUUCUUUUGGGUUUGCAAGCCAUUGGUGUUUAUGUUUCUUUUAUUUGUUUUGUUUUGGGUAGCUAAGGAAAAUGUGUAAAAGUAAAGGAGGGAAGUUCUCUUGGACGAGGUAAGUACUUUAUCACUUGAGCUAUGUAAGUAUUUACGACUGGCGUUGUGAUUAUAGUUACCAUGAUGUGAUUAUUGAA